UCUUUACCCCGUUUUUUGUCGGUGCGGAGUAGCGCGCGCACUGGGAACCGGGGACGCGCGAGACUCUUAGCAUUGGCAGGCUGACGGUGACACGUGCCUCUCUUUCAACACCCCCGAGCUCCCGUGGACCGCAUUGGCAUCAGCGACGGCCACCGAGACGCAGGAGUCGACGCUGUGCCACGGAUACAGAGAACGGAAAGCCGCGCAAAACCGCGAGCGCUCUCCUUUACGCACCGGACAUUAAACGCACUCUCGCCUGGGAAGCGCGUAUCAGAGUCCGGACAGCGAACAGCAUGCAGGUGCCAGGCAUCCUCUACGUCUAAACGUGACAUGAACCACGGAAUUAGCAAAAACACCAGGCAAAACUGGAGAUAACGAACACGCGUCACCACGAUCUUCUCACUCCGUUGAUGCGCAGACAAAGAACUCCGGUCGCACUCUAAAUUCGAUAUAGCUAGAAACGCAUUUGAAGAGGAAUUUUCACACCAGUCCGGUUUAGAGGAGCAAUCAUGGCUACGGUUAUUAGAAGCAAGAUCUCCAACAAGCUGUCCAACGCGGCCACCACGGUCACCAAUAAGUCGCAGGCGAAGGUGAGUGGGAUGUUCGCCAGACUGGGCUUCCAGGCCGCCACCGACGAGGAGGGUUUGGGCUUCGUCGACUGCGAUGAUCUGGACUAUGACCACAGGCAGGGGCUUCAAAUGGACAUCCUUAAAACCGAGCAAAUGGGUGGAGAGGGCGGCGGGGAAACGGGGGGCGAGGGGGACAGUCAUUACCAGAGGGAUGGAACGGGUCCGCCGCCCUCAGCGUCCAAAGACGGAGGACUCUGCUCCGAAUUAGGCGGCCCGGACAAGCCAAGAAUCACUGCUUGGGAGGCAGGAUGGAACGUGACCAAUGCGAUCCAGGGCAUGUUUGUUCUCGGGUUACCCUACGCCAUUCUCCACGGAGGAUAUCUCGGACUGUUUCUCAUUAUAUUCGCCGCUGUCGUGUGCUGCUACACGGGGAAAAUCCUCAUAUCUUGCCUCUACGAAGAAAACGAAGACGGCCAGUUGGUACGAGUGAGAGACUCGUACGUGGAUAUUGCUAAUGCAUGCUGUGCGCCACGCUUCCCCGCACUGGGAGGCCACAUUGUCAACGUAGCUCAAAUCAUCGAGUUGGUGAUGACCUGCAUUUUAUACGUCGUGGUGAGUGGAAACCUGAUGUACAACAGCUUCCCCAACUUUCCCGUGUCCCAGAGGUCUUGGGCCAUCAUCGCCACCGUUGCUCUUCUGCCCUGCGCUUUCCUCAAGAACCUCAAAGCUGUGUCCAAGUUCAGCUUGCUCUGCACCAUCGCGCACUUCAUCAUCAACAUCCUAGUGAUCGCCUACUGUCUGUCCAGGGCGCGAGACUGGGCCUGGGACAAGGUGAAGUUCUACAUCGACGUCAAGAAGUUCCCCAUCUCCAUCGGCAUCAUCGUCUUCAGCUACACAUCCCAGAUCUUCCUGCCUUCGCUGGAGGGGAACAUGCAGAAGCCCAGCGAGUUCCACUGCAUGAUGAACUGGACUCACAUCGCUGCCUGCAUCCUCAAAGGCCUGUUCGCCCUGGUGGCUUAUUUGACGUGGGCCGACGAAACCAAGGAGGUGAUCACCGACAACCUCCCAUCUGGCAUCAGAGCCGUCGUUAACCUCUUCUUGGUGUCCAAGGCGCUGCUUUCGUACCCGCUGCCAUUCUUCGCCGCCGUGGAGGUCCUAGAAAAGACUUUCUUCCAAGACGGAGGGCGUGCGUUCUUCCCGGAUUGCUACGGGGGCGACGGGCGUCUCAAAUCAUGGGGUCUUUCGCUCCGCUGUGCACUAGUUGUGUUCACUAUGCUCAUGGCUAUUUAUGUGCCACACUUCGCGCUCCUCAUGGGUCUGACGGGCAGCCUGACGGGCGCAGGUCUGUGCUUUCUCCUCCCCAGCUUAUUCCAUCUCAAGUUGUUGUGGAGAAAGCUCUUGUGGCAUCAGGUCUUCUUCGACGUCGCCAUAUUUGUGAUCGGGGGUAUAUGCAGUAUUUCCGGCUUCAUCCAUUCCGUCGAGGGCCUCAUCGAGGCGUACAAAUACAACCUAUCCGAUUAGUCUGGAAAAUGAUGAGCGGUUGUAGUCUGGUGAUAAGUGUUACGCAUCCCACAUAUUGAUAACCAAACCAAUAUGUUUCCCCCAGAGAAGAUAAAUAAACACAAAAGCAUUUAACCCAUGCCACUCUUAAAAAUAAAGGUUCCAAAA